AGGAGCCAUGCCCCACAGCUCCGACAGCAGUGAUUCCAGCAGCUUCAGCCAGUCUCCCCCUCCCAGCAAGCAGGACUCUUCUGAUGACAUGAGAAAAGUCCAAAGGAGGGAGAAGAAUCGUAUCGCUGCCCAGAAGAGCCGCCUGAGGCAGACUCAGAAAGCAGACACACUGCACUUGGAGAGCGAAGACUUGGAGAGGCAGAACGCUGCCCUGCGGCGGGAGAUCAAGCAGCUGACAGAGGAGAUGAAACACUUCACCUCGAUGCUGAGCUCCCAUGAACCACUCUGCUCCAUCCUGACAUCCCCUCCACCGCCUCCAGAAGUGCUUUACGCCACACACUCCUUUCACCAGCCCCACAUUAGCUCCCCACGCUUCCAGCACUGAGCUGGAAGUAGGAUGACAGCCUGCCAGCUCCACUGAUGGCAAGAAGUAACUUCAUGGGGCUCGUUUUUCCAUCCAAGGGAAGGAAUUGGACAAGUGGACAUUCCUUCUUAAAGUGUGUACUCUGAGUGACUUGCCUAAGACUUACUUCCUGUGCAGAAAUGGCAGAGCCACCACAAAGCAUCUUGGGACAGUUUCCAGCUUGGAUCCUGAGAAGAGGAGGCAGUCACAAAAGGGCACCAACCCCCUUCUGUGGUGCUUGUUUGGGCACACUCACAAGAGCGUGCAGCACCGACAGCCUCCAUAAGAGUGGCUGGAUGUGACAUGCAACAGCCGGAGCUACAGGAAGAGGAAUGGGAGCAGGGGUGGAGGAGGUUGGGGGCCACAGAGUAUCAGGGAAAAACUGGUUUAUUUUUGUAAAAUAAAGAUUGAAAAUUCUUAA